AUGUGGCUUAAAAAUAUUUACUCGAGAACGGAAGAAACGGAGAAAAAUGGAGGACAAGAAGACGCAAUUGAUUAUGAGGAAGAGGAGCAACACAAGAGAGACGAUGGUGCGAGUGGUGAGGAGGAUGACUCUGCGGGGGGUAGGGAGGACGGUCCUGCGAACCGUGAAGACAAUGCUGCAAACCGUGAAGACGCCUCUGAUCAGGAGGAGUGCCCCCUGGACGAUGACCAAGUGAAUGAAAAAAUUGAAGACAUAAUAAAAAACAUGUCAUCUGAUGAGGAAGAAGAAGGAGAAGUGGUGGAGGACGAAAUACCAUAUGAUCGAAUUGAAACAAAUAAUGAAUUAAACAAAGAAGUGAUUCUCCUCAACUUUUACGCAGACAUGUCAAGUCACAGGUUAUCUUCCCUCAUGAGUAUCUUCGGCAAGGUCAGAAAUUCCUUCAUAGACGACAACGAGGGGGUUCACGUUAUUUUUAAUUCACUUAAGAGUUCCAAACGGGCAAAGGAAUUACUGGACAAUGUAAAAAUUAAAAAUAGGAGAAUACAAGUUGUGUACGGGACAUAUGAGGAAAGGAGGGAUGAUGCGAGGAUGGGGGGUGCAGCUGGACCAGGGGAAGACCCAUCUGAUACAGGGCAAAUGAGAGGAACUCUUAACGAUGCCUCCUCCACUUCUUAUCACGACAAAUUAGGGAACCCUAAAAAUGGAAAGACACCCGUAAAGCUAUAUAAAAAUAGGAAGUAUUACCUGAACACGGCUCCCACACAUGUUCAAAAUGGCCAGCUCAACAAUUACACAUAUAAUAAUCAAGUGAAAGGUAUGGUACCACAUGGGAAGACGAAUACGUACUUUGUCCCACCAUCCUCCAGUGCAAAUAUGAUAAACGAAUUCGUUCCUCCAUCCGACAUGACCUUCAGUCAACAGGAUAAUGCACCCAUGAACAACAACCUGCACAACCACCUGCACAACAACCUGCACAACCGCACCAGGGGACCCAUGCCAAAUAACAAACACCAUCCGGAUCAGGCCCCCCUGCAUGAUAUGCCAAAUUUCAAUAAUGUCGUAAAUUAUGUGCAGCCCCCUCCACCUCCUCCCCCAACAUCGCGCACGCUAUAUAACCAGUCCUUCAGUGAAUCGGGGAGAGGUAGUGGCCAAAUGGAACCCUACCCUCAUUAUACCCACCCGAACAACCCACACCACACGUCCUCUCACCUAGGCAAUGAAGGAAAUGUGAAUAGAAUGCCAAACAACCAGCUACUAUCCCCUCACGUGAAGAGAAAAAAUAUAACGGAAAAUUUUCCCAACACAUAUAUUUCAAGUGUAUAUAAAAAAAACAGUUUUGAUUCUCCCCCUGGAAAUACUCCUUACGUGUCCUACCCCAAUCAACCUCCCACGUCUAGUAGAAACAUGCACAUGAAGGGAGUGCCUCCCCCGCCUCACCAUAUUGGCAACUCCACUCACGGUGAAACAAGUAUGAUCAAUGUUGUUGGAGGAAACCAUCCCCCUCCUCCAAUAAUCCCCCGUUCAAGAGAAAUGCCUACCUCUACCACAGGGCCCCUCUACAAUAAUAGCUUUAACAAAUCUCAUCCCAAUAAUGAGCAGUACCAUGGUGGCAACCACCCCAACGGUGAGGAGUACCCCAUGGCCCACGGGCUUUAUAACAACUAUGAGGAGUACGCCACAACCCACGGGCUUUAUAACAACUACGAAGAGUAUGCCCCUCACUCUGCACACACAAUGAAACCUUCGAAGCUUGUAAAGUAUGGAAAAACAGGUAAACAUAAUAAACACCAGAACCUAGUGCUCACAUCUGAAAGGGAAGCGAAUCAUUACGAGGAGCCAGUAGAGUAUACCCCAUUUAAUGAGGACAACCCCUUUGGUAUCAGUGAAGAAAAUCAAAUGGUAGAUAAUCCUACCUGGAAUGACAGGAAAAUAAAACAGGUUCUAAAAUGGGAUCAAGAUGCAUCUGUGGAAAAGAAUCACCUCGAUUUUGUAGAAUCAUUUGGAUGUACCAAAGUUUAUAAUCGGUACUUACUCGUAACCAACAUGCCGGACCACUUGGAUAAUGAAAACAAAGUCAAGGAACACAUCAACGAGUUAUUUUCGAGCGAAAAAAUGCGCUGCUUCUGUGUGGAGGUCUCUCUCUUUGUCUGUAUGGAAGUGGACGAGGAAAGGUUCUUCAAGAAUGCUAUCCAGGGGGAGCAUGAUGCACCCAACGAGGAGGCCAACCCGGAAGAGGCGCCCAUCAAGGGGGAGGAGAUCAACCCGGACGAUGCAGCCGUCAAGGGGGAAGAAGCCAACCCGGAAGAGGAACCCCUCAAGGGGGAAGAAGUUGCACCCAUUAAAGGGGAAGAAGAUGCACCCAACGAGGAAGCGGGGGAACAGCCCAAGAGGGGCGGCAAGCGCAAGGGCGCGAAGAAGGCGGUCGCACCCAAGCCGAGGAAGAAGAGAGGGAAGGCCAAGAACAAGGCUGAUGAGGCGGAGCAGGCGGAGGAAGUGGAACAGGUGGAACAAGUAGAGAAGGCUGAUGAGGCGGAAAAGACCGAGCAGACGGAGAAGACGGAAAAGACAGAACAAACAGAACAAACGCAGCAGGUAGUGAAAGCGAAACAGACGGAUGAAGCGGGUGCGGCGAGCGGGAAGCGGUACGCCCACCUGACCUUCCGAACCAUCAGGAAUUGCGUGGAGGCGAAAAAGGUGCUGGAAAAAAAUAAUUUUAAGGUGACCUUCUCCUGCCCUAGCAAAGCAAACGUCUGUCUCUGGGUAGGAAAUCUGUUAAGAAAUUAUUUUAUCAACACAGCUAACAUACUUAAGAGCAUGUUCACACAUUUCGGUUCUGUGAAAAGCGUCAAGUACGUCUUCGAGAAGAAUUGUCUCUUCAUUCAAUAUGCCUCUGUGGCUGAUGCGAUAAAGGCGAGGAACCACAUGUAUGGACUACAAGUAUCUAAUAAUACCAUGCUUAACCUAGACUUCUCUUCUCUUGUGGAGGAGGGGGACGGGAAACAACACAAGGUCAGCUUUACUCGAAAGAGGUUGUUAGAUGCACUUGCAUACGACAAUGGGAAAAUGAAACAGAGGUUAGAGUCCACCAUGAAAAAGAGAAACACGGGUUUUAUCGACUCAAAGGUGAUGCAUCUGUUGAGGAAGGAAGGAAAUCAUGACGGUAAUAUAGCAGAAGUGCGCCUUAAAAGACAUGCAACAGACAAGGGGGAUGAUUAUAAUGUGAAGAGAAGACCCAACAUGUAUGGAAGAAAUCGUUCCCCUAGCACAUCCAUGUAUAGGAGGAAGUACAGAUCUUCUGCCAGGGACUUUUAUCCCAACAGUAACACAGCAUAUGACAAAACACGUGAUGCGGGAGGUGGUUAUUCAAAAUGUGAUAAAAGAGAAGCAAGACGGUCUUCCAAAAGGAAGGGAACGAUCGCAGCAGAUGAUUAUUCUAACCACCGUCACGACCACCACGACCGUCACCACCAUCAUGAUGAUCAUCAUCAUAGAAGGCACAAGAGGAGAAGAAGCAAAAGCAGCAAAAGCAUGGACGGUGCUGAUGGCCCUGGGUAUAACUCUCGAGGGGAAGAAGAAGCAGGCUCCACCAACCGACACCACGCGCAACAGAACACAGACAGCGACUUUAACAGCCUCGACGGCAUCGAGCUCAACGACUAUAACGAAAUUCAAAAAACAGUUUCCUUUUAUGUGAACCAAAAGUACAAGUGCGACUUUAUCUCCAACUUUUAUGACGGCAACCCGGAGCUGAAGAUCUACCCCAAGCUCAACGUCGAGACAAAGAGCGACGUGCAGAAUCUCAUGAACAUCCGCAACUCCUGCACCGAUUACUCCAUCUGGCAGUUGGGGCCAACCGUCAAGCAGAAGAAGAAGUUCCUGCACAUCUGUGAGCACUUCAGCAAGAAGAAAAACAUCCCCGUUAUCAUUGACAAUAAUUUGACCAUCUUUAUCGUCCCCAUGAAGGAGGACUACCUCAAGGACCUCGGGAUCGACAACCCGGACUUCAUGUACGCCUUUGUCCUCCAAACGAAGAAAAACUAG